UGAGCGAGGAGGCGAUAAAGAUCACGUAGACGCUUGUACCGCCGAGACAAACACCGGCCAUCGCGUAGUCAACGAAAUGUCUGAAAAGAGUUUGGGCGGCGAGACGAAAAUAAAAUUCUACCCUCUAUACCACUUGGCUCCACCGAGAGGAUGGAUGAAUGAUCCCAACGGUUUUUCAAGUUACAACAAUUAUUAUCAUCUAUUUUAUCAAUAUAACCCAUUCAAUAGCCACAAUCCAGGCAUCGUUCACUGGGGUCACGCCAGAAGUAAGGAUUUUUUCCACUGGGAAGAUCUUGGUAUAGCUAUGUCUCCUGAUAAAGCCUACGAUAAAGAUGGAGUGUAUAGUGGCAGUGCCAUUGUUGAAAACAACAAUAUGUAUUUAUUCUACACAGGUAAUGUUGAUGUUUCCGCUAAUCCUAACCAUGUUCAAUGCCAGGCUUUAGCCACCAGUGCUAAUGGGAUUAAUUUCACCAAACAUGAAAAUAACCCACUAAUAAAAUCAUCGUCUGAUGUUCCCGAUAUACGAGAUCCUAAAGUUUGGAAACAUAAUGGAACUUAUUUUAUGGUUCUAGGAAAUUCUUUUAAUAGCAAUACACUUGGAAGAGUACUUCUGUACACUUCCGAUGACAAAAUUAAUUGGAAGAAUGUAGGUGUUUUGGCAGAAUCGAAUGGUGAUCUGGGAUAUAUGUGGGAGUGUCCUGAUUUUUUUGAAUUGAAUGGUCUGUUUGUCUUGCUUUUUUCACCACAAGGCGUAAAGCCUCAAGGAGAUAAAUAUAGAAACCUGUAUCAAACUGGAUAUCUAGUAGGAAAAUUUGACUAUGUAACAUACAAAUUUACUAUAGCUUAUAAAUUUAGAGAAAUUGAUAACGGACAUGACUUUUAUGCUACUCAAACGAUGCUGAAUAAGAAAGAAGAGAGAAUUAUGGUAGCGUGGUUUGAUAUGUGGGAAAUGAACUAUCCUGAACAAGAUCAAGGAUUUAAUGGGCACAUGACAAUACCAAGAAUACUGACACUGUCCCCUAGUGGUUUAAUAAUUCAAAAACCUGUUAGAGAGAUUAAAAAUGCUCGAGGUAAACUAAUACACACUGGAAAAACAAAUGGCAAUACUACCAUCAAACUGAAUAAUAAUGCUGCAGAGAUUACGGUCAUUGCUACUGCAACAAAAGAUUUCACUCUGUACAUAGAAACACAGAAACUGAUGAAACAUGUUAUUCUUACUUUUGACAUAAGUAAUGCAACAGUAACGCUGGAUCGAGGAGGUAACGACGGCGUUAGAAGAACAACGUGGAAGCCUUCUGGAUCUUCACUAAAAUGGACAAUUUAUGUGGACUCCAGUUCUGUAGAACUAUUUUGUGGUGAGGGAGAAGUGACUUUCUCGAGUAGGUUUUUCCCAGAAGGACAAGUUAGUGUCCGAGUGGGUGAAGACUGUCAAGCGGAUUUGUUGAAGAUAUACAACAUGAAACAAACUUUAUAUACCAAAUCUGAUUUUUUUCGAUGUUCCUAAUUUUUUUGAUCUGAUAAUAAAUUGGAUGCUGUUAAGCAUUAGUGUGUCAUCCCACAUCGGACUAGU